UUUACAUCUCAGCCCAUAUCUGUUUCGAACGCAGGGCUCUUGUGUUCUGGUUACGCCCGUUGGCGAAACCUGCGAUUGAUCUUAAUGGCUCCGUCGAUGCUUAGAGUUUCAUUGUGCCUUAUUUGGGCCGUGCUAGCUCUUUCUCCAUUCCCGUAUGUGGUAUCCAGGCCCUCUCGCAUACGCCGUCCGAGAUGUAUUCACACCAAAGGAGAUGACAGUGAUGGAAUCGACGAAUCGUCGGCUAAUAUUCGAAUAAAUUACCAGAUCUUUAAAGUUGCAUCUAAAACUCCCUCUCAUGUACAGAUUGUACAGCUCUUUUGCAAGACGGGAUAUUUUCUGGCACUAAAUGUUACGGCAAGGAAGAACCGUGUUGUCGGAAUCGUCAAUGAAUCAAGUGAAAGCACAUUUUUCGAGUCCCAGUCCCUUGGAACGAGUAUUGUCAGGCUGCGAAAUAUUGCCAGCGGACGAUUUUUGGCGAUCAAUUCAAAGGGAAGGAUUAUUACACAGUCUAAAAUUUCGGAUGAAAGCAUUUUCAAGACGAUGUACGAGGAAAACUACUUCCAUACAUUUACUUCGCACAAAUAUUUCAAGAUCAAACGACAUGACCUGUUCCUUGGAAUCAAACAAAAUGGACGCUGUAAGUCUCCAAAGUUGACAUACCCUGGACAAAUCUCAGUUCAGUUUCUGUUGCUGCAUAACAACAACACCGAUAAAAUGAGAAUAGCAACGCCUGCAAGACAAAGUCGCGUGAAACAAGGCAAGAGAGACAUGGGUUAACAACAGAGCACAGACAGAAGAAACUGCGAUUUUUACAUGGGAAUAAAAGAGCCAUUUUGUGACGCCGGAACUAAAAAACCAUUACUUUUGUCGCUUUUUCAGCUGCCAAAAGAAAGUUUAAAUUUCCCUUGCCUGAAAAACUUGAGCGUUUGGCAAA